GCCGUGACCAACCCAACCCCUCUUCUGUUUCGACGACAGUGCACAACGUGAACAGAUCAUUUUAGCAGAGCAGUGAUACUUCACUUCAUCACUGAACUUGAGUUUAAAUCGAGGAAGGAUGCUAGCAUCAAGAAGUGUAAGAAGGUAAAGUAUGCAUGUUGUGAUCAAACCGUACUCAUGUAAAUCAAGCCAAAUCUCUGAUACUGCUUACAUGUAUUUCCUUUUGUAGAGUUGUUAGAAGAAUAAUGAUAUUAUAAAAAUUGGUCAGUUAUGUUUCAAUUUAGAAGAAAAUUAAUGAAUAUUUCCAUACUUUAUCAUCCCUUUCUUUGUGUAUGCAGUAUAUCCUUGCAGCGUGUUUCAGCUAUCCUGAGGCAAUUGAGGAUGUCAUCAACUGCAGCAGGUUCAGAAGAUGAUGCUCUCUUCGAAAAGAUAAAUUCAACUGGUAUCAUUACACUAAACAGACCAAAGGCCCUCAAUGCCCUUGAUUUGUCUAUGGUCAAGAAAAUUACACCAAAGCUAAAAGAAUGGUGUGAAGAUCCUUCUACAUCAGUUGUUAUCAUAAAGGGUUCUGGAGACAAAGCUUUCUGUGCAGGAGGUGAUAUCAAAGCUGUAACAGAAGCAGGCAAGUCAGGAGACCCUCAGGCAGGGGAUUUCUUCAAGAAUGAAUAUGUAUUGAACUACACCAUCGGAACCAUGAAGAAACCAUACAUAGCAUUUAUCCAUGGCAUUACCAUGGGAGGGGGUGUAGGUCUUUCCGUCCAUGGAAGGUACAGAGUAGCAACAGAGAAGACACUCUUUGCCAUGCCAGAGACUGCUAUAGGACUCUUCCCUGAUGUAGGAGGUGGUUACUUCUUACCAAGGCUUGAUGGGAAACUCGGUAUCUACUUGGCUUUAACUGGCUACAGGUUAAAAGGUCGCGAUGUCCUGCACGCUGGAGUAGCUACACACUUUGUAGAAGCUCAAAGAUUACCAGAAUUGGAGCAAGAACUGUGUAGUCUACAAUCAGCUCAACAUGCGCAGGUUCAAGAAGUUCUUAAUAAAUUUCAUGAACAGUGUACGAUAGAUGUGGACAAACCAUUCUCUUUGGCACCUCAUAAACAAAGCAUAGACAGGCUAUUUGAUGCUGAUACUGUAGAAGCUAUACUCCAGAACCUUGAGCAAGAUGGAUCAGAAUGGGCUAUUAAACAACUUGAGACUCUUAAAAAGAUGUCGCCUACCUCUAUGAAAAUCACCUUGCGUCAGCUAUUAGAAGGCGGCAAAUUGACAUUGGGAAACUGCCUCUCAAUGGAAUAUAGAAUUGCAGAAGGAUGCAUUAGAGGGCAUGAUUUCUACGAGGGAGUGCGAGCUGUACUCAUCGAUAAGGACCACACCCCCAAAUGGUCACCAGCAACGAUAGAAGGAGUCGGUGAAAAUAUUGUCACAGGUCAUUUUAGUCCGCUUGGCAAACAAGAACUUAUACUCUGAUCCCCCUGACAUUCACGCCUGCACUGCUGCCCUCAUUAAGUCAUAUAACAUGAGCCUAAGGGAGUUAUUCUGUCUUUCUUGUAAAGCAGUUUUAUUUUGGGAGAAACUUUCUAGAGAUUAUUCUGGAUUUGUAAAUGGUGCCCAUAAACAAUGAAGGAUACUAUAUUAAUACGGGUAAUUGCAUGAAACAGAUAUCACCCGCCUGCACACUAGAAAGAAGUGAAGUCUAGUCAAGCUGCUUCUUUGUUUCAGUUGAAAGUGAUCUCUCACCUUUUUGCAGCAAAAAUGAAUGAUAAGUCAUUCAAGAAUCACGUUAUUCAAUCAGAAACAUUCCUUAAACAAUGUUAGAAACCACAAAAUAAAAUGUUAAAUUAUGAGUUAAACAUUGUUUGACAAUGGUCUUGCUCAACACUUUAGUAAAAAAGAUUAUUUAUGUUUAAAAUUAUGGCUAUUAAACUAUAUUUUAAGACAAAGCCAGGAAAUUUGUGAUUACUAAUAGGUUUUAGAUAUGGUGUUAAUAGCAGUCUCUUUUUAUCAUGAAAUGAUAAAUAAAUUUGUAUCAAAUCUUGAUUCUGAAAUAGAAGAAUAUUAUGUGAAGGAAACAAUGCAAUAAAUGAAUUUUCAAGAUGUACCCUUUUGGAUUGUUUGUACUUUCAUUCAUGUACAUGAGUAGUAUUGAUUCAUGUGAAUAAUAUAGUGUACAGAGAUAAAGUACUCAAGUUUGUAGCAAAAACAAGAAUUGAGUCAUUUUCCCUUUCUUCACAAGCUAGUGAGUCUUCUUUCAUCUUUGGGAAACCUUGUAUCUAAAAAAAUGUUCAGGUCUGGGGGGCUUUCCAUGAAAGAAUUUGACAUGUAUUUAAUUGCAACUGUUCGAAGCUACUGAAAUCCUUGCAGCUGAUUGGCUGAGUGCAGAUUUGUCAGGGAAAUUCACUUAACAAGAAGCUUCAUAAAAUGUUACCCUGAUUGGGAGAUAAGAAAGUGGGUUAGAAAACAGGUAAGUUACUGAAGAGAUGUAGGUUCUGUUACAGCAUAGAGUUAUUAGAGGCCCAUUCUCUAAUCUAAAGUUGUAAUUAAGCUUUGGAUAGCCAAAUAUAACCCAGGUCUCUAAGAAUAUAAUUUGAAUAAAGAAGGAUGCAAUGUAAUUAACUCUUUAAAUUAUUUUAGCUUCUCAUAAUUUUUACCCUGACUUCAUAGACCAUGGUCUAUUAAAGUUAUAACAGACAUGAGAAUACGAGCCUAAGAAUCCUGUGCCCUGUAAUUCAUAUCAGAAUAGGAGGAAACCUCUGGUUACAGAUGAUUUCAGUGUUUCCUAUUUUUGUUUUUGUAUGGAUUAUGCCAAGCAAAUCGGGAUACAUGUAUAUGAAUAUAAAAAUCUAUGGUCAGGUACCUGAGGUCAUAGGAUGAUGGUCUGUUUGUUACAGAGAACAUUGUAGGUGUGUUACUACCAAAUAUCAAGGAACUGAUUUUACUAAAGAUUGAUCUACACGGUCUGAUCACCCCUACCACGUCAUCAUGAAUGAGGUAAUUUACUAUUGGGUAAUGAACAGCUUUAUCAUUGAAAAAUGCUGCAAAAUACUAAAAAUUUAUGUGUGAGGUUUCAUCCUGAGAGAAAUUGUUCAUAUUUUUGUUGUUGAUAUUUUUAUGUAUAAAGAAUGAGAUAUGUAUUUAAUCACGUGAUGGUGAUGAAUGUAGUUAUUCAAGAAUCCUUGUUCAAAGUUGAUUUGCAUUAUGUACAGAAGAGUUUGCAUGAUUUUUCUGAAAAGUGAAGUUAACGAGUUAAUAAUUUUUUUUGUGAUAUGUGGUAUUAAUUCCCAGUGGAGUGCUUCAAGAGAGAACUUGUCAGAUGUUUUAUCCCACAAAGUAUACUUUAUUAGCAAGCUCCCAUAUGAAGUAUGCUUCUCAGCCAAUCAAAAUUAAGGAAAUUGGUCAGAUCUAACAACUUGCCGGACGACAAAUGUUGAUGAAAUGCUCUUGUGGAGAUUUAUAUUUUCAGUCAUUACCUGUACAAGGGGUAUUGGCUCCAAAUUAAAAAGCUGUAUUUAUAGCACACCACUAUGAAUUCGAGUUUGGAAUGGGCAAUAUGCUGCCAUGUUCUACUCUAAGCAUUUUUAAAAGGGCAAAUGUGCAGUAUUGUGCACACAAGAUAUGCUUGUUAGCAAGAAUUUCAUACCUGGGUCAAUAAAAUCAAAGGAACGGAUGGGCUGUCAUAUGCUUCUAAUAAUAGCCUUGAAUCUUACAUUUUCUGUUCUGUUUCUGUUUAUGGUAACUCCCGUAGGAACUUGGCAGGACAGCUUUUUGCUGGUAAACGUCAAGCUGGUAUAUAACCAAUUACCUAUAGGAAACUAUUUACGUCUACGUUAAUCAGUCAUAGUGGCUGACCGUAAUAGACGACAGAUAUUACUCUGGGGUCUUUUUAUCAAAGUGGAGACAAUGGCAGAGUGGGGAUUCGAACUCACAACCUUGCGAUUAUGAGUCCAAUGCUAUUACCACUGGACCUCACAACCUGUGUGGUCUAGCUCUAUGCAGCUCAUAUAUUAUCUGGCACUUUCAUAGGAGAAUAGCAAAAAUGUUCCCUAUAACAGAAAGAACUAUAUUGCUCUAGUCUUAAAAACUGGGCAAUAGGCUAGUCAUGUAAGUAUAAUAUUAAAAAGGUAUUACUUUGGUACAAUUUAUAUUUAUGUUAGCACAGGGUAAGAGUUAGAUAUAUAUUUUAUACAGAGCAGUAUUAUCAAUCAUCAAUAUGUUUAACAUAUCCCUGUUCAUUGUAAUUUUCAUGGUAUUGGUGUAGAUGAAAUAAUAAUGAUACAAAAAAUGACGGGUAACCUUGUACUUAGAUCUUCAACCAUCUGCAUUAUGAAUUGGUUCUUUGCUGUAACAAAAAUUGUUUGGUGGUUUGCUUUAUGCUUUGAUCCAUAUGGUAACCCAAGUUAUGAAAAUAAUUGGUGAAUUACAGUGGUUUCAUCAGGAAGCAUAGCGACAAAUCUGGGUGAUGUGAUAUAUUUUUUUAAAGUUAAUCCUUAUGGUGGUCUUCCAAAGUAUUUGGAAUAGGUGGAUAUUAUGCCAGUAAAUGAUGUUCAGAUAUUCAUAGACACAAUGCAAAGUGAUUAAAUACAAUCAAAAAAUAAAAUACCUAACUUGACUUUGUUUGUAUUAAAUAUUUAAUGAAAUAUA